AUGAUGUUGUCCAACAAGCAUGCCGACUCAUUUACGACAAAAAGCACCCAAUCAGUCCAUGGCAAGCAGUCUAAUACCAAGAGACCACGCAUCGGACUGUCCUCGCCGGGGUUAUCAGACACCGAAUCGAACACAUCUUCGUUCAAGAGUCCUCACAAGAAACAGAAGAAGAUCUCGGAAGUAGAUCCAAAUAUCUCAAAUCCUCGAUUACUAGUGAAUAGAGCAUGCAUCUACGAGCGAACACUACCCGGUGAUGCCUAUAUCACCGCUCAUGUUGCCCGGCUUCAACACGGCUACUACGCCAGUGAGGCUGUGUCCGACCGAGACGCCGAGCAUGUCGAUUUUCUAGCGAUCAGCUUCGUCUUUCACACCACACAUACUCUUCAGCAUCGAUUCAAGUCCGCCACUAUCAAGGCCUCUAUUCGGAACCAUCAUGGGAAAGGAUCACUGCGUCGAAAUCGACACGGCUCUCCCCCGGUCAACCCACGCUUUCUGAUGCAUGCGCCACAUCUCAUUUUCGGCCAUGUAUCGCCAGAGACCAUGGAAUGGACAUUCAGUCUGGCUGGCUCACUGGGAGUGUCAGAGACACCGGUGAGUGCAAGUAUCAUGCCGUCUCGCAGCACUACCGGCCGCUACCGACGAUACGAAAUGAUGCGCAUCCAGGGCUCUGCCCGUACUCUCAAAAGUGCACGUGGUCCACAGUACGAUGUCGAAGCCGGGGAGAUCGUUUGGUCUCUAGAGGAAAAUAGUCUUCAAAGAGCUGGUUUACCUCGAGAGUUUACCUUUGUCAUGCUUGUCCAGAAGCCCACGGCUUCAAGUGAGCUAUCACUGAGUCUCGAGAUCGAGCCCGUUAUUCAAGCCAUAGUGGGAAAUUACCCAAAUUGGCUCCUGGGGCUAAGUGCAUACCAGCCAUUGCCACGACGAGGUGUCGAUUUCAAUGAAGAGAUUGGCCAGCGCUUUGAUCCUGUAGAUCCAACUCGUGGUUUCAAUUUCGCGGCACUGGAAAGCUCAUUUGAUGAUUAUAUCGCCAUGCCGGGCCGCAAAUACACGCGACAGAUUGAAUACCCAGACGAGACCUCUCUCGAAUCCGACCAAGAUACCAGCGACUGCGGCAACCACAGUUUCAACCACAACGACAUGUGCACGCAUUUUUCCGAUCUCAAUCGGUUGCAACAGCUCCAUUACAACGGGAUGGUUCUCCAGAAUGCCAUGCUUCAGUCACAUGUGAAUCAGCUCUACACUACACAGGCACAGCUCACACCACCAGUGCAGGAAGCCAAUAUGCUCGAUAUGCACAACGGCUCGCACAACACAACCAUAUCCAUCAUGACCAGUCGACCAAACUCGCAAAUUCCUCUAAGAAUACUUGAUGUCAGUGAAAGAGGCGAGAUGAGUCAAUUUUCGGACCACGAGCUUACUAAUUGUGACGAAUUUGAACCAUAUAUUCAAAGCUAUGAGAACAUUCGAGCGUCUAUGCUGCGGACAGUUCACCCCGAGCUCCGAUCAGACAAACUGAACACCCCAUCCACCGCGAAGAGCGUGUUGCGCGGGGCGCGCACAUUCAGAAGUCAGUCAAUAGGCCGGGUGACGCAUUUGGGCGAUGAGCAGGUGGAACCAUGGGGACCCGGGCUUGAUAAGCAUGAUUCUGUUCGGCAGAGUGCCGAUGGGAAAGGGAGUAGGAGAGAGCCAGUAUAG